UUUAAGUAUUGCAGAACCUCAAAAAAAUGAAGAAGGCUAUAGGAUUGAUUUUGUAUCAAGACACCUAAAAUCUAUGGCCUAUACGGCAUCUCCUCCAUCUCCAGUGUCUCUCUUCCUCGGUAACAAAGAUGGCUAUCCAAUAUGGAAGAAGCAAUUUAGUAGUAUCCUGAUACAAACCACAGUAGCUCGGAGAAAAAAACACGCAAAACUGUGUGUUUUUGCCACGACACAAGAUGCAGGAAGUCAGAAAAAGGCAGGUCCUGAUGCAGAUACAAGGAUUCAUUGGGAGAAUGAAGAUGAAGGGUGGAUUGGAGGUAGCAGUUCAAAGCCCAAAGAAGAUGAGCUUAGAGCUGAAGCUGAGAAGAAGAAUUUAAUGGGUGAUAAAUUUGCCGAGCUUCUCAACUCUAGUGAUUCUCAUUAUCAGUUCUUAGGGGUACUACCAGAUGCUGAUCUAGAAGAGAUAAAAGCAGCAUAUAGAAGAUUAUCAAAGGAAUACCACCCAGAUACAACUUCACUCCCACUGAAAACAGCAUCAGAGCAGUUCAUGAGACUUAGAGAAAUCUACAAUGUUUUGAGUGAUGAUGAAAGCAGGAGAUUUUAUGAUUGGACAUUGGCUCAAGAGGUAGCAAGUCGUCAAGCUGAAAAGAUGAAGAUCAAGUUUGAAGAUCCAUAUGAACAGGAUAUUAUGAAUUAUGAACCAGUCCCAGAUAUGGUGGAUAGGCUUGGUGGAAGGAACCUUGACUUAAGUGAUCAAGCAAUGUCUGCGCUUACUUUUGAUGCUGCCAUACUUGUCUUCUCAAUUUGUUGCAUCAUUUAUGCUAUAUUCUUUAAAGAGUAUUGAUAUAUUACAUAUAUGUUGCUACAUCAGUCAGUAUAUAUAGGCUAAUGUUGAAACUACCACAGUUUUUUUGUUUGUUUAAUGAAGUUUAUAGAAUUGUACAAAAAUGUAACAAGUAAAUCUUAGUUCUGAUCUUUUUACGCCAAGAGAAUGUAGCAUAAGUGGUUGUUCAAUUAGA